GAACAAAUUAGUGAUGGUGGGCAGAGACAAGCCCGAGCUAGCGAGACUCUAUUUCCGCGUUGCAUAUUUCCGUUAGGGAACGCAUCUCCUUUGCGCUCCUUAUAAACAACGCGACAUUUAAAAAACAAUUAUUGCAAAGGGGAAAGUCUACAAAACUUAUUCCACACUGUUCAUAACAUACGAUAGAUCGUGCAUUGUUUCCCUAUAACGCACAGUAUUUUUGCACUGUAGCGUUCAAUGGCUAUAGUUAAUUCUUACAUAUUCUAUGUUGGAGCUGCUUUUUGAACGCAAAAGUCAAAUUGAAAACAUUAUUGGCAUUGUUGAAUUCGAUUUUCAUAACGGCAAGCGAGGACUGAUUAUGGUUUGGUUCGUUUAACUAGCAAGUCUGUUUGUUUGGUUACCACGGCAACCACUGUAGCUAUCUAGUAAACUUGCCAGCUACUUCGGUGGAUGUUUAACACAUUUUUAUAGCAGAAAAUGUGUUAAUGUAUAGCCAUGGUAUAAAAUGGAUAAUCAACUCGGGGCUCUAUGCAUUCACUGAAAAAUAAUGCAAUUCCGUGGAAGGUCAGUUCCACUCCAGUAGCACGUCAUGGAACAAACCUUCCACGUUGUUCAUUGUUUCCCAUAGAACGCAUAGCCCCAUCGUUGAUUAUCCCUUACACAAUGUAUAGUAAUCGUGGUCAUCAAAUACACAUUUUAACAACACCAAAAACAGAUUUACCACGUGAUCAAAGUUCCACAACACGUGGUACUUGAAUAAAAAAACAUGGAGGAUGAAGUUGAUUGAAGAGGCUGCUGUAUUUUUGUGCUCUGAUUUACCCAAAUAUCACAGCUGUUUGUUUGGCUAGAUCAUUGCCUGUCUUGGGAAGAAUUUAGGCAGUAUAUUUUCUCUAGUGUGACAGGUUCUAGAACUCAGUGGCGGUGUUUUGGAGCGGCUCGAGGAGGAGGAGGAGCAGCAGCAGCAGCAGCGAUGGAGGGGUUCGGGACUAUAACCUUCCCCAUGUUAGCAGACGAAGAAGAGAGCUGCAGUGCCUUUGCUGUACCAAGUAACGGUAGCUUUUACAGCACUCCACUGCAGGGUGUUUUCGUUAAAGAGUGCAUGGCCUCUGCAUCAGAAGACAGUAUGGCGUCCCUGUGCCAGAGUCAGCAGCAGUGUGUGAAGGCCUCCAUCGUGUCCAGCUGGCAGCUGGUGGAGGCUCAGGACCAGCUGUGUGGGCUGGAGCUGCACGGCUCCGAGAGUGUUGAGCAGGAGCAUGCCCGCGCCAUUGCCAGCCAAUCAGAGCUCUCCCAGACGGAACGAGAGUGGCGCCGGAAGGAGAACAUGCUGGGAGGCAGCAGGAGCCCUGUGCUCAGUGCUGACAGCAGCCAGGAUGUGUUUGACAAGAGUAUUAUUAAUUCAAGAAGUAAAAACGUUGAAUUGGAGGAUCAUGACCAGAGCAAAACCUUUGUUCAGAAGUAUGAACAGGAAUUUAGAUAUUUCGGCAUGUUGCGGAGGUGGGAUGACAGCCAGCGGUUCCUGUCUGACCUGCCUCACCUCGUCUGUGAGGAGACUGCCAACUACCUGAUCCUCUGGUGCUUCAGACUACAGGCUGAAGAGAAAGAGGCGUUGAUGGAGCAGGUAGCUCACCAGGCUGUUGUUAUGCAGUUUAUCCUGGAGAUGGCCAGCACCUCCCAGCAGGACCCCAGAGGCUGCUUCCGUCACUUCUUCCACAAAGCCAAAGCAGGACAAGAGGGGUACUUGGAUGUAUUCCAUACUGAGCUAGAGGCCUUUAAGCAGAGAGUAAAAGAGCACACUGUCAAGUGCAAAGGAGAGACACUCCCAAACUUUACAGAGCACCAGAGCAGCACAGCACGCUGUCGCCCGGACCCCGGGGAAGUUCUAGAAUCUUUACCCCCUGAACUGAAGUCAGGGUUCCAGCUGCAAGACAUGCAGAUUCUCCAGAAUGUUCUCAGCACCAUGAAUCCACAGGUGGCAGAGUACCAUGUGAAGCGCUGUCUGGAGGCUGGCUUGUGGACCAACCGAGAAGGGAGAUGGUCCAAGGAGGACGCUACUUUAGAAACAGACGAUCUGCGCAUGAUGGAGACAUAACGAAUGUGGCGCAAGCGCCCUCCACCCUCCCCGUCAUUUCCCCAUCAGUUCAUGACACUCAAUAAGAAAUAUUACAAAAUGGAGGGGAGAAGGGCUGAGCUCCCACAGACUUAUUUUUGUAUGCCGCAAAAUCUGCGCUGGAAUGUGUCCUGCACUUUAUAUUUGGUUCAAAACAACAAACACACAAAAAUAUUUAAGGGAAGACGAUUGGUAGGUAUUUUGAAGCGCUUUACUGUACCUUUGCUUAUAUCGCUAAAGUAUGUCAUACAGUGCCUUGCGAAAGUAUUCGGCCCCCUUGAACUUUGCAACCUAUUGCCACAUUUCAGGCUUCAAACAUAAAGAUAUAAAACUGUAU